AUGGCGGCGGAGGAGGUUUUUUUCCCGGAUCUGUUCGAAGAGUCUGCAGUCAGACUGGCACCGGCGCCCGAGACUCUGGCCAACGAACAUGGAUGGAAGGUCGUGGAAGAAUCGUUGCCCGAUGGCUGCGCCAUGCGCUGGAUGGUCUGUGAAGAGUCGUUUUCUUUGGACCAGACACGUGUGAAACUAGGUCCCCCGGACGCUUCGGGGCACCGUGCCGUGCACUUCACCCAGCUCCGUGCCACGUCGCAUCAGCUGAUGGCGUUGCUGGCGGCCCUGGCUCCGUCGAUGUCGGCUGUGGUGGUGCUGGGCGGUGGUGGCAUGGCGCUGCCCAUGGCGAUGCUGGCGGCGGGCUAUGCGGGACGGGUGCAUGUGGUGGAACUGCACCCAAAGGUCAUUGAGUUUGCUCAACGAUUUUUUGGUGCGGAGCAUCCACGGUUGAUUGUGCACCAGGCAGAUGCUCUUGAAAUGGUGGCAAGUGGUGAACUUGGGAAAUUGGACUGCAAGUUGUCAACUUUCUUGGUGGACGUGGAUUUCAUGCGCUUUCCGGAGGUACCGGAGCUUUUCAUCUCCCAUCGUUUCUGGCGUGAGACCUGGGCCCUGCUGUGCCCCGAUGGCGCCGUCGCGGUGAACGUCAUCGGCUGCGACCGCAGCGCUUCGCUCCACUCGUUGGUUACUGUGGCCACGGCCUGUGCCCCUGGUCCCGUGGGGGCUUUAUUGGUGGAACCGGAGGACGCCGAGCACCGCACCUGGACGCCGAUGAUGCCCAGGGCUGGGGUGUUGAUCUUGGGCCCCAGGGAGCAGCUGCAGUUUGGGACUGGUGAUGAUUUGGAGGCAGAUCCAGCACAGCCCAACGUGUACGGCUGCCUGGCUGGGAGAUUUGUCGGCAGAUGUGCUGCAGAGUUUGAGGACUGGCACAGGGGCAGCUGGAAGGCGCGAAUGGUUGGAUGGCAGCUGAAAGCGCGCGGUUUUCUGCGAUUUUUGGGUGGAAACUUAAGGUUUGUCUGA